AUGAGUUGGGAAGGCUUUAAAAAGGCCAUCAAUAGAGCUGGCCAAAGUGUUAUUAUUAAAGAGGUCGACAAGACAAUCGACAAAGAAUAUGAUAUUGAAGAGCGUCGUUAUAAAGUGUUACAAAGAGCUGGAGAUGCUUUGCAAAAAGACGCUAAGGGAUUCUUGGACUCCUUAAGAGCAGUCACAGCUUCACAAGUUACUGUUGCUGAAGUUAUAUCCAAUUUGUAUGAUGAUUCCAAAUAUGUGAGUGCUGGAGGUUAUAAUGUUGGUAAUUAUUAUUUGCAAUGUGUUCAAGAUUUCGACUCUGAAACUGUAAAGCAAUUGGAUGGUCCAUUUAGAGAAGCAGUUCUAGAUCCAGUUUCCAAAUUCUCCGCGUAUUUCAAAGAGAUCGAUGAAGCUGUGAAGAAAAGAGAACACAAGAAACGAGAUUACGAUGCGGCAAAGGCAAAAGUUCGUAGACUGGUGGACAAGCCCGCAAAGGAUGCGUCGAAACUGCCCAGAGCAGAAAAAGAGCUUGCGCUGGCAAAAGACAUUUUUGAUAAUUUGAACGACCAGUUGAAACAAGAAUUACCCCAAUUGAUCGCUCUAAGAGUUCCAUAUUUCGACCCAAGUUUUGAAGCGCUUGUGAAAAUUCAAUUAAGGUUUUGUACCGAUGGAUACACUAGAUUGGCUCAAAUCCAGCAAUAUCUAGACCAGCAAUCGAGAGAUGAUUACGCAAAUGGUCUUUUGGAUGAUAAAAUUAAUGAUCUUUUACAUCAAAUGCAAAGUUUAGAUAUAUGCGCCUUGGGUUUCAAAUGA